CAGCGGUCUUUCGCCUGCAGCGUGGCUAGUUCCGGGCCCUUUGUAAGUGAGUUGACGCCGGCCAAGUGUUUCUUAACCCGUUCCGAAAACAAUAGAAUUGUGUCAGGUUGGGAAGCGAGUGGGUGGUGCUCGCCCAUCCAGUGUUCCGUGUCCCGCGUGUGCGGUGCGUCCUGUACAAGCUACGCCAGAAUACUCUCAACGACGAAUUGGCAAAAUCAAACAAUUGUUCGCGUUACAAAGUGGCGCCGCGUGUGAAAACGAAGCCGACAUUUGCAUGAAAAUGGAUAUUAAAACUCCGGUCACGGAAGUGCAGAAGCAAACUUUCCAGCACCUUGUCGAGAAAAUCGUAGCUAACAACAACAAGUUCCCGCCGAAGGAAAUCGAGAGUUUCCGCCAUUUAUUAGAGAACAUCCGCGACACCAAGAAUUUCCAGACCAUAAUGGAGAAAUUCAAAUCCGUGGAAAGCUUGGAGAGCAGCCUGUCCGACGAGAUCUCCCGAGAAGAUGCUGAACUGUGCUACAAGGAUGGUUCUCGGAAAUUUGGUUCAAGUUGUCAAACGAUUACGCCACGGCAUACUAUAGACGCAAUCCUAGGGCUGAAAAAUAGAACGGAGGAAAUUGAAGGUGAAUUGAAUGAUGCUACCGAUCUUCGUUGUCCACCAUUAAACCACAUUAGAGGAGCUGACAAUCACCAACCACUGAACAACGGCAAGAAUCACCUAAAUCACGCACUAAGUCAAUUACAUUCACAUUCCGACAAAUACAAUCACUUUAAUUACUCGGCACAUUUCAAGACAACGGCCGAGAGCGUUUCUCCAUCGUCAUCGUCUAUGACGGGCCCUGGAUGCCUUCUUGCCGCCCCGCCAAUGACUCUCGAUCAGGCCAAUAAUCCUGACUUGGAAUACAGCAGCCACCCCGCGACGGCGACAGCUUUACACGAGGCAAAUCAAAGGGAAAUCGCCGCUGGUUCCAAGUUCUUUGCAGACUCCAGCAACUAUAGAAGCACCUGUGAUAAUGAUUUUGGAAGACGACCAGGUAUAGAGAAUGAAGACCAGGCCAAAAGCCUGAGGGGGAGUGCCACCAGUUCUUAUUAUGAGGAUAAUGCCCAAGAUUACGACGACUCAAUGUCCGCGAAUGGUGAUAUCAGCAAGGACCUAGUUCAAAUGCCGCCCACAUCACUGAGUUCUUGUCUGGGAACAAGCUCCGCGCCACAAAUGUUAUCAGCAGGCGUGAAGAGAAAAGCGUUCGAUGACCUUGAAGACCGCGCGACCAGCAAUGAGUCGGCAGAAUCGCACGUGAAACAUAAUUUUGAAUCCUAUAUGAAACCUUUUGAGGGAAUCCGCGCUCGUAAUUUCGAGGAUAUGCAGCCACAACAGCAACAACAAGGCGAUUUGCAUCAUCAGCAUCUCCAACAAAAUGCUCUUCAGCACCACUUACAAACCCAGCAUCCACAACAACAAAGAACUGCAACCACCGACGAUUACCGGCUGAAUUCGAUGGAUCAAUCAGAUCGCAUUAAUGACAAUGAAAGUAUUAUGAAUGGCAGCUGCGCAUCCAGCGAAGAGCUCAAUCAGACUAACUCCAGUGAGCAAGGCGAAAAAAUCACUUCGGGAAGUGACGAAGAAGGAACCCAAGCUCAAGAUGAUAACUGCUCUAAGAAAAAGCACCGACGGAAUCGAACCACAUUUACAACGUACCAACUUCAUGAGCUGGAACGAGCGUUCGAGAAAUCACACUAUCCUGAUGUUUACUCGCGGGAGGAGCUCGCAAUGAAAGUCAACUUACCAGAAGUGAGAGUGCAAGUUUGGUUCCAAAAUCGGCGUGCAAAAUGGCGGCGUCAAGAAAAAUCGGAAAGUUUGCGACUCGGACUCACCCACUUUUCACAGCUUCCUCAUCGGUUAUCGUGCAAUGGCGCAAGUCUCCCGGUUGAUCCAUGGCUCUCGCCUCCGUUACUCUCAGCACUACCAGGAUUCCUUUCGCAUCCGCAAACAGUAUAUCCCAGCUAUUUAACCCCACCCCUUAGUCUGGCGCCAUCUAAUCUUUCAAUGAGCUCGCUAGCAAUUGGACAUCCGAGUGGACCACAAAAUUUACGUAUCUCGCCGCCAAGUAUGGCCACAAUGCCACCACAAUUAAAUGUUCCAGCAGGGAUGCGACUGUCUCCCUCUCAGUCAUCAGGAAUGCCACCAGCAGCAACUCGUCAUUCACCGUCAGCCGCUGCAAUUCACCAUCACCAUCAUCAUCAGCCACCACCAUCCCAGCCGCACGUAUCCCCACUCACGACGAACAGCAUACCCUCGUCAUCGUCGCCACAGAACCUAUCUCUGACACCAUCCCCCCAAAACCUUUCCAAUUCAUCUGUGGUUCUCAGUCCAGAAGCUGCCGGGGUACCCAGCAAAGUUCCAAAAAUAGAUGUCUGCGAGGCAGUGGACGCACAAUUAUUAUCUCCUAAGGAGAGCACUGUCACCGUUUGCGAUUCGCCCUCCGACAUCCGAAGCAACUCCAUAGCCACCCUCCGCAAUAAAGCCAAGGAGCAUUUAGAAAGUAUAAACAAAGGGUUGACUAUGGUAUAAUGGAUGCUGCUCUGAGGGGCCUGCAGUCCUCGGAAAUUUAUUACAUUUCUCCCGGGAUGAAAUUUCACGGACUCAAUAUAAAUAAUAAAAUAUGACGACAAAUUGUAAUUGUGAAAUAAAUUCCUAGAAUAAGCAAAUUAUAGACUUGAUAAGGCGUAAUGUGUAAUAUUGUCAAUUUAAACGCGUUCAAUAUUAAUUUAUCUCGAUAGCAUGUAGAGUUGCUGUGGGUGCCUGUUAGGGCGGGCCCGGGAUUUUGUUUCCUUUUAAAUUCACUCCACGCAGUGUGCAGUGGGCCGUAAACUGUUCACGUCAAUUGUAAAAAAGCGAAGGAUUCAACCACCUACUACAUUUUAAUUUCGGAACUUCCUUGUAUUUAACGACUUAGAAUUAGAGCAAUCUUCAUGAGCGGAAUUACAAUCUGUUCUAGCAACGUGCAUAUUUUUUUCACAUUUAACCAACACCGUUCCUUGUAAGGUGUGGAACGGGAUAUCCAGUAUAGAUGCUUUCGUAGUUCUAAAUGCCAUUAAGAGGAGGCGCCAGGAAUCAAAACCAUCCAAAUCAAAUAAUAUUCGACUAAAGUUGAUCAAGCCAUAAUGAAAUUGAAGGGUUCUGUUCGCAGACUAAGCUCAAUAAUAAUGAGAAGGAAACACCAACAUAAAAGAAGUUCUCGCACCUAUUUCGGAAUGAUCUGCACAAUCUGAGCAAUCACAUAUCCUCGAUGUUUAACAAUAAUUUAUGUUUUCCGGGGGUACGCGAAAGUCGUGCUUACCCAGAGUACCUUGUGGAAAGGAACAAUUUCUUCUUAUGAAAUCUAGAGUUCAUCAUAAGCUGACAGAGUUUUUAAUUUCCAAAAAUAUUUGACAUUUAGCAGGAUGUGAAUGUUUGCGGCCUGCUGCAUGUAGACUCGAGAAAGUUCAGCGGUGAUUACUUCGUUAACGGUUCAUUUCUUAAGCUUUCCUGCUUUUAAUUUCAUAUUGUAAUUUAGAUAAACAUAAUUAAAACUUA